UUGUUGGUGACAACACAACACUAACACAUGUAUAUAUAGGAUAUAUAAAACUACAUCUUAAUCUGUUUCCAUUUACUUUCAAACUAAAGUUGUGUUAAAUUAUGUGCUGUGAAAAGUACUUAUCAUUGAAACUUUAAACUUAAAUAAUAUUAUAAUUAGAUCAUAAUGAUAGAAGGAUACGGUGCUGUCACUCAGGCCCUAUUGGGGACCCUUUUAACAUGGGGACUCACAGCCGUAGGAGCCGGUUGUGUAUUUUUUAUAAGAGGAAAGCAUAGAAAAUUACUUGAUGUAUCUCUUGGUUUCGCUGCGGGAGUAAUGACAGCGGCCUCCUACUGGUCUCUUCUCGAUCCAGCUAUUAAAUUGUGUAAAGACUCUGAUUUGUAUGGAGAAAAUGGGAAGUUUGCAUUUUUACCAAUUGCAGCUGGUUUUCUAUUUGGGGCUGUAUUUGUUUUUGGGACUGACAAAUUCUUAGACUACUUAGGAAUUAAUUCAACAAAUAUGAUGAUGUCAAUAACAAAGACUAAGGAUUCCAAAGAGAAGUUGGAAGAUUUAGAGAUGAUGACGGCGCUAAACAGGCGGCCAUCAACGAGUGUGGUCACGAUGGACGGUCCGCCGCCGCCCACUGACUUCGCUGACUGCAUCACGAACCAGCAUACGGCUCAGCGGCGGCGAGGACACCAUUCUCAUCAUUCAUUGAAAGCGGAGGAGAAUGGUGACGGCGACCGUCGUGAUAGCGCUGCGCGGUCGCUGGAGGCGCGACAGUCACAAUGGAAGCGUAUUAUGCUUCUAGUUGUAGCCAUCACUGUACAUAAUAUUCCGGAAGGACUUGCUGUGGGUGUUUCCUUUGGUGCUGCCAAAGAACCAUCCAACUUCCACACCGCCAGAACCUUGGCGCUGGGAAUUGGCAUCCAAAACUUUCCGGAAGGACUUGCAGUCAGUUUACCGCUGCAAGCAGCUGGGUUCUCCGUUUGGAGAGCGUUCUGGUACGGCCAGUUAUCGGGCAUGGUGGAGCCCGUGUUUGGAGUGCUAGGCGCGGUAGCGGUAGCAGCGGCGCAGCCCGCCCUACCGUACGCGCUUGCCUUCGCUGCCGGUGCUAUGAUCUACGUUGUCGCCGACGACAUCAUACCAGAAGCGAAUGCGUCUGGCAACGGCAAGUUAGCGACGUGGGGGUGCAUCAUUGGAUUCGUAGUGAUGAUGUGCUUGGACGUGGGACUCGAGUGAACGCGAUCAUUGAUAGAUACGAACUAUAUGGCGACAACUAUACGACUACAGGCAAACUUAGAUUCUAAGUACUAGGUUAUAAGGUAUAGAUUAGACUUCUGCCUAUUUGAUGUAAAGUAUUCAGACUUACACGUUCAUAGGAACGCUUCAAAAUUGAACAUCGUUUUAGAACGAUGCCCCAAUACAUAGAGUGACAACUUUAAUUUUUAUUUUUAAUACUAAAUUUCAGUAUCUGUAUAUGUAUUUUCUAUAAAUAAAUAUUUAAUUAUAGAAUAAAAUAUAUAUUAAUCUAUAAUAUGAGUUCAAUCAAUACUCUUUUUUAUUGAAAAAGAUGAGAAUGGCGGUUUUAUUGUAAAUAUGUAUAGCAAUUUAUUAAUAUUAUACUCUAAGAGUAAAAUAUUACUAUUAAAUCCAUUUGUACUGAUAUAUACCUGGUGGUAUUAUAAUGUUAAUAUAUACUUAUUUAUAUUUCUUUGUAUAAAGCUUGUAUGAAUGGAAAACGCUACUGAGUGAAGAAAUGAUAAUGUUUAGGCGAACAACAAUGUAUUACGUAAGCAAACUGUCAUUUUCUGGUUAGUUUUGUUUUUCCCAGUUUUAAAAUUCGAAUCCUGUUUUGUCAAACUAAUAUGAAAUGUUACGAUACAAAUUUUAUAUUGUAGAAGAAUAUAGAUUAAUUCGUAGAUACUCGUUAAUUUUUUCGUUACUGAAUGGUUUCAAAAGUUGUACAAAUAACUAGCCAUACAAUACUUGUAUGUAAUUGAAAUUCGUUUUUCACGCACUGCUAAAUUUAUUUGUAGAACGAAAAAAGAGUAUAAAUGUAUUUACAUCUUACGUUUAUUUAUUUUAUUAUAAAUGCAAGUAAAUAAUUUCAAUUAAAAAAAUACGUAUCUACUUAUUGUAUUUUUAUUGAUAGCUGUUAGUGUUUAUUUGAGCGAAGAUGAUUGAAAUUGCUGCAAGAUGUAACGUUUAUAAAAAUAUUAAUUACAUAUGAAAAUUAUUAGUUACGUGUAAGAGUAACUGAGAGUAUUAAUUGUAAAUAAAAUAUAUUCAUAAAUUUGACGAUGCAGUUUUGUUAAAUUAGUCAAUGAUAGUGAAUUUUGUUUGUUAACCAGAAACACGAGCACAAAUACGAAUUGCAUUCUGUGCCAUGCACCUACAUGAUAGGUCAAGUUAUAAUUAUGUCAUAUCUAAAUCAUUCGUAAUAAAUUAGUUUCGCCGCAGAAAUAUUGAUUAGUAUUCAUGUACAUAAACAUCAUUUGACAAAUGCCAAGUAAAUCAUUAUAUAGAUAGAAAUUAAGAUGAAAUCAUUAGACGACAAUAUUUCAUAUUUUAUCAAGCGAGAAUUGUGAUUUAUAUCAUGUAAAAGUAUUGUCGCAAAUAAUCAGGGCCCGAUCUAUACUUAUUUUGUCGUACCUGGCAAACAUUAUAUUAGUCGCCUACAUCAUUUAAAAGUAUGUAAAAAAUACCCUCAACUCUUACCAACUUUGAAUAUUUUUAGAUCGGGGACUGUCUCAAAUAAUGUAGUUUUACCACCCCUCAUCUAUAUGAGGCUGACAUAUCCUUAUAGGAUAAAAGCCUCUAAAUAAAAAAGAUAAAAAAAAAAAACCACCCCUCAUUUUUGCCGCGGAUAAUUCCUCUGUUUGGCCUCAGAUUGGACCCUGAAAAUAAUCAUCCAUUUUCCUAUACUUUUACAUAAUGUGAUAAUAGAUAAUAAUGUUAUAUUAACAAUUUUCUAACAUGAUAUGAGACCUACGGAAUAAAAUGAGUGUUGUCAAUUGUAAUCUUAAUUUGUCACAAUUUACGUGCUGUAAAUCCCCUAACUGCAUAGUCUUAUAUUGUACUUAUGCCUAGAAAAUGAAUACAUAAUGCAUUUAGUUUAUUUUCAAAAUAUGUUUGAAUAACUGUAGCACAAUCUGCCAAGGAUAUUAUAAGUUUAGUUUAGUAAGUACGUCGAAUCUGUUCGAUUUGAUUUUAUUUUUUAUUAUAAUUAUUAUAGAACGUUA